CCCCGCCGCCCCUGACGGCUGGUGGUGGUGGUUGUUGUUGGCGAGGGUUCCGGCGUUUCUCCGAAACAAGUCUGAAGUGGCGGACACAGAGUUUGAUAUCGACACCUCCGGGGCCAUGGAGGGGAAGUCGAAGGUGGCCCCCAGUGUGGAUUUCGACCACAGCUGCUCGGACAGUGUCGAAUAUUUGACCCUGAACUUCGGGCCUUUUGAGACUGUGCACCGCUGGAGGAGGCUGCCGCCCUGCGAUGAGUUCGUAGGAGCCAGGCGAAGUAAGCAUACUGUUGUGGCCUAUAAGGAUGCAAUCUACGUGUUUGGAGGAGACAAUGGAAAGAACAUGUUAAAUGACCUGUUAAGAUUUGAUGUGAAGGACUGCUCUUGGUGCAGGGCUUUCACAACAGGGUCUCCGCCUGCACCCAGGUACCAUCACUCUGCUGUUGUGUAUGGAAGCAGCAUGUUUGUGUUUGGUGGCUACACUGGAGAUAUUUAUUCCAAUUCCAACCUACAAAACAAGAAUGAUCUGUUUGAAUACAAGUUUGCCACAGGCCAGUGGACAGAAUGGAAAGUAGAAGGCAGGCUGCCAGUGGCAAGGUCAGCUCAUGGAGCCACAGUCUACAGCGAUAAGCUAUGGAUCUUCGCAGGCUAUGACGGUAAUGCAAGACUGAAUGAUAUGUGGACCAUAGGUCUCCAUGAUAGAGAGAUGGCAUGCUGGGACGAGAUUGAGCAGAGCGGUGAGAUCCCUCCGUCAUGCUGUAACUUCCCUGUGGCUGUCUGCAAAGACAAGAUGUUUGUUUUCUCAGGACAGAGUGGAGCAAAGAUCACCAAUAAUCUUUUUCAAUUUGAAUUCAAGGAAAAAGUUUGGACAAGGAUUCCCACCGAACACUUGCUCCGAGGUUCUCCUCCCCCACCUCAGAGGCGGUAUGGCCACACCAUGGUAGCAUUUGAUCGACAUCUCUACGUAUUUGGAGGUGCUGCAGAUAAUACACUGCCUAAUGAAUUACAUUGCUAUGAUGUGGACUCCCAGACGUGGGAGGUCAUUCAACCCAGCCCUGACAGUGUGGGGAGCAAUUUGUACACAGAGGCAACAUACGAUCCUGAUUUUAUGAUGCCCAGUGGAAGACUUUUCCAUGCUGCAGCAGUAAUUUCUGAUGCAAUGUAUAUCUUUGGUGGAACAGUGGACAACAAUGUAAGAAGUGGAGAAAUGUAUCGGUUUCAGUUUUCUUGCUAUCCUAAAUGUACUUUACAUGAAGAUUAUGGGAGGCUAUGGGAAAACAGGCAGUUCUGUGAUGUGGAAUUCAUCCUUGGAGAGAAAGAAGAGCGUGUUAAAGGGCAUAUAGCGGUUGUCACAGCUCGAAGCAAGUGGUUAAGGAAGAAGAUUGCUCAGGCUAGAGAUUGGCUGAAGCAGAAAGCCAAGCAGGAGAUGGGGGUUGAAGCAGAGACAGCAGGGACAAACCUAAAUCUGACAGGUUCCUUGCUUCAGCUGGAGGUCGUGAUCCGUGAGGCUGAGGCACAGCCGUUUGAGAUACUGAUGCAGUUUCUCUACACAGACAAAAUCAAGUACCCACGGAAAGGUCACGUGCAAGAUGUCUUAUUGAUAAUGGAUGUUUACAAGCUUGCCCUAAGCUUUCACCUGGCUCGACUGGAACAGCUGUGCUUACAGUACAUAGAGGCCUCAGUCGACCUUCAGAAUGUACUCACUGUGUGUGAGAAUGCCAACAAGUUACAGCUGGAUCAACUAAAGGAGUACUGUCUGAAUUUUGUGGUGAAAGAAUCACACUUUAACCAUGUGAUAAUGACUAAAGAAUUUGAGCAUCUUUCCACUUGCUUAAUUGUGGAGAUUAUAAGAAGGAAGCAUCAACCCCCAACACGGAUGCAUUCUGAUCAACCUGUUGACAUAGGCACAUCUCUAGUCCAGGACAUGAAGAGCUAUCUGGAAGGAGCAGGCAUGGAGUUCUGUGACAUAACACUGCUGUUGGAUGGUCACCCCAGGCCAGCCCAUAAAGCAAUACUAGCUGCCCGGUCCAGUUAUUUUGAAGCCAUGUUUCGAUCUUUCAUGCCUGAAGAUGGACAAGUUAAUAUUUCUAUUGGAGAAAUGGUACCAAGUCGACAAGCUUUUGAAUCACUCCUUCGCUAUGUGUACUAUGGUGAAGUCAACAUGCCUCCAGAGGACUCUUUAUACUUGUUUUCUGCACCUUAUUAUUAUGGCUUCACAAAUAAUAGACUGCAAGCAUAUUGUAAACAGAACCUGGAAAUGAAUGUGACGGUGGAAAAUGUACUGCAGAUUCUGGAAGCAGCUGAUAAGACUCAGGCCUUGGAUAUGAAGAAGCACUGUCUUCACAUUAUUGUACAUCACUUUACCAAGGUCUCCAAGUUGCCCAACCUACGAUCUCUAAGCCAAGCCUUACUUCUCGACAUCAUCGAAUCAUUAGCCAAUCAUAUUUCAGACAAGCAGUGUGCAGAGCUGGGCUCGGAUAUGUGACAAUUAAUUUUAAGCACUGAUUCUCAAAUUGUCUUAGCAACUUUGUUGUUUGAUGCAGAUGAGUAGUAAUUUAUUUAUUGAAGUAAUUAAUUUUAUUUUAAAUUAGGCAGCUCGAUAUUAUGCUAAGGCUGUUUUGAAUUACUAUAUUUGAAUCAAGCCUUUUGUUAAGAGUAGAAUAUAUUGCUGUCCGUCUUUUGUUUGCUGGUUCAAGCAGAAUAAGGGAGUAAGCAAUUGUAUUAUUUACAAAAAAGAACACUUAGUAAAUGACUAUAGGAGAAAUAUCAGCAUCACCUAUACGAAGACUUGUAAAGUUUAUUCAUGAAGUUUAAAACUAACAAUCCUAUUUUACUUAUUCUUUUUCAUUUCCUGAUUUAAAAAAUGAAUAGUAUGAAUGACUGCAUUUCCACAGUAACUCAGAGUGAUCACAGGUUUGGGAAUUUGUCUCUGUGGCUUAAUUGGCCAGUAUUUCUGAGUUUAUCUAGUUCUCUUCUGUUGUGUGAUAACUAGAGGCAAUACGUGAGACUGCAUGAUAUUCAUUGAUAUUAAUGAGGCACACAGUAAAUAUGUUAAUUAACACUGUCUAAAUACUCUUAGUAAAAUUUGGUAUUAGUAUUUAUCUCUCAUCAGGCAUUACAGUUAGUGAAUAUUUUAAUCAAAACAUAAAAAUUGAAUGAGCCAUGGCAUUGAUUAUCAUGACUGUUGUAGUAGAAAACUUGUGCAAACACAUGUAAUUGCUACAUAUAUACUAUGAUAGAAUUCUAAGAAGAGAAUGAAUGUAUGAAGGGAUUUGUGAACAAAGAACAUUAGGUUCGCCUGAUAUUCUCUUUGAGCUGCAAAUUGCUUUGAAUCUUUUGUCUAGAUUUUAUUUCUAUUAUUGUUAGAUGGCAUUGCAACUUGAUCCUGGACAAAAGAAAAUUCUGUAAAACACUUUAUCCGUGCUGAAUGCAAUGUUAGAUGAAAAGGUUCAUUUAUCGUUCACCAUGUGGAAGUUAGAUACUGUUAUUACAAAUUGUAAAAAAAAGCAACAGUUACUUGUGUGAUCAGAGCAAAUAGUCUGUACCACGUCUUGAAUUUAAUGCAUAUGCAUAAUCAUUAGGCUAUGAAUCACAGCGUAAACGUUCUCAUUGAAUCUUGCACUUUUCAGUUCUGAGUGAAGUUUACUAAAAUUUCUAGGGCCUCAUUAAUGAGUAAUAGUUUUAAUUGUGCUUUGCUGUUGUACUUGGAGAGGAGUGAAAGGGGAGAUCAGUUGACCAGCACCUACUAUUUAUGAUUUUCAGGUUGCUCCUAGAUGCAUUUACAACAUGGUGUGAUAGUAUUAUGUAAUUCUAAGAUAGACUCUGAACUAAAUGAAGAAUAGCCAGUUAUUACAAUAUUACUUGGAUAUGCUCAUGAGGUGAUUGCAACUGUACCAGUCUAUGCUGAGCCUACAAUUGCCUAGAGUAAUAGAUGUAGGAGAGAGGAUAGAAGUUUGGACUGAAGCAAAUUCUAUUCCAAAGUUUACAAUGAUUAAAAUCCACCUUGUUGAAUAUAUAGAAUGUCAGUAAAAAAAAAUUGUGCAACUAAUGAAUUGUAAUGGUUAAUCUAUGUAUAAAGUGAACUAUGAAAGCUUGUGUAUACAUUAUUCUGUUUAUUGUAACUUAGCCAUAUAGUAUUCAUGAAAUCACAAAGUAAGCUGUUAUUGGUUUAUAUAUGAUCUGUUACGUUGUUUUCUACCCCAAGCUGUUAAGCUAAGGACCAAAUAUAUGACUUCUGGCAAAAAAAAAGAGCAGCUGAAGGAACUCAGUGAGUCAGGCAGCAUGUGUGGAGAAAAACGGAGAGUAGAUAUUUCAGGUUUAGACCCUUUAGCCAGACUGGAAGAGCAGAGGGCAGAUAGCUAAAGAAGUGAGUUGAGACAACAGCUAGCAAGCAAUUGCUGGAUCCCUGUUGAGGAGGUGAUGAUUGGCAGAUGGAGUCAACGAGGGAAGGGAGAGGUUGAGAAGCAAUAGGUGGAAACAACAAAGGGUUGCAGAUUAUGAAAAUGAUGAAUGUCCACUACCCUCCAAAGAUGCUGCCAGUCAUGCUAAGUUCCUUCAAAUAGCUCGUUUAUUUGCUCCAGAUUCCAGCAUCUGCAGUCUUUUAUGUAUCCAGGUUUGAUUUUAGUUUGUAAAGCUGUAAUGAACUGAGCAAAGUUUCAACUACUAACUUGUUCUGUACCUUCCAAUAUAGUGACUUCAUUUGCAAUUAUUCUGUCAUUUUAUCUCAGUUUCACCUUUUAAACGUAUUAAACAAAAAAAAUCCAGCUUCGAUGCCAGAGAAAAGGAAGGCAACACAGAUUAAAGUUGCAUCUCAUUUGAACAUGACUGCCAAGGAAGAGAAGUUAUCAGUUGAGUAUCUAAAUCCAGGAUGUUGUUGACAGCCCAAUUAUGUCAUCAAUUGAUAAGCUACCUAUUAUGGAAGCAGAUUCCACCUAGCAUUGGGAUCUAUGAAGAAAUGGUAUUUAGUAGGGAUACAUACAUACAUUUCUUCCAUACAUAAUUUGCAGCUUGACAAGAUUGAGUAGCUUGAGUAAGUAUAAAUAUUGAUCUGUAAGGAUACAGAUCAGAUGCAACACAAAAUAGGGAAUAGGUUAAGAAAGACAAAAAUGUGAUUCAAUUACCUGAGGUAAAUUUUUAAAAGAGGGGUGUGAAUACAAUGUGUUAAUUGAAUAAACAAAUACUGAUCAUCUGAUAACUAAAGUCUUACUUCAGUGGUUAAGUUGAUGGAGAAGAUCCUGAGAGGCAGGAUCUAUGAACAUUUGGAGAGGUAUAAUAUGAUUAGGAAUAAUCAGCAUGGCUUUGUCAAGGGCAGGUCAUGCCUUACGAGCCUGAUUGAAUUUUUUGAGGAUGUGACUAAACACAUUGAUGGAGGUAGAACUGUAGAUGUAGUGUAUAUGGAUUUCAGCAAGGCAUUUGGUAAGGUAACCCAUGCAAGGCUUAUUGAGAAAGUAAGGAGGCAUGGGGUCCAAAGGGACAUUGCUUUGUGGAUCCAGAACUGGCUUACCCACAGAAGGCAAAAAGAGUGGUUAUAGACGGGUCAUUUUCUGCAUGGAGGUUGGUGACCAGUGGUGUGCCUCAGGGAUCUGUUGUGGGACCCUUACUCUUGAUUUUUAUAACUGACCUGGAUGAGGAAGUGGAGGGAUGGGUUAGUAAGUUUGCUGAUGACACAAAGGUUGGAGGUGUUGUGGAUAGUGUGGAGGGCUAUCAGAGGUUACAGUGGGACAUUGAUAGGAUGCAAGACUGGGCUGAGAAGUGGCAGAUGGAGUUCAACCCGGAUAAGUGUGAAGUGGUUCAUUUUGGUAGGUCAAAUAUGAUGGCAGAAUAUAGUAUUAAUGGUAAGAGUCUUGGCAGUGUGGAGGAUCAGAGGGAUCUUGGGGUCUGAGUCCUUAGGACGCUCAAAGCAGCUGCGUAGUUUGACUCUGGUUAAGAAGGCAUAUGGUGUACUGGCCUUCAUCGAUCAUGGAAUUGAAUUUAGGAGCCGAGAGGUAAUGUUGCAGCUGUAUGGGACCCUGGUCAGACCCCACUUGGAGUAUUGUGCUCAGUUCUGGUUGCCUCACUACAGGAGGGAUGUAGAAACCACAGAAAGGGUGCAGAGGAGUUUACAAGGAUGUUGCCUGGAUUGGGGAGCAUGCCUUAUGAAAACAGGUUGAGUGAACUCGACCUUUUCUCCUUAGAGCGACGGAGGAUGAGAGGUGACCUGAUAGAGGUGUAUAAGAUGAUGAGAGGCAUUGAUUGUGUGGAUAGUCAGAGGCUUUUUCCCAGGGCUGAAAUGGUUGCCACAAGAGGACACAGGUUUAAGGUGCUGGGGAGUAGGUACAGAGGAGAUGUCAGGGGUAAGUUUUUUACGCAGAGAGUGGUAAGUGUGUGGAAUGGGCUGCCGGCAAUGGUGGUGGAGGCGGAUACGACAGGGUCUUUUAAGAGACUUUUGGAUAGGUACAUGGAGUUUAGAAAAAUAGAAGGCUAUGGGUAAGCCUAGUAAUUUCUAAGGUAGGGACAUGUUCGGCACAGCUUUGUGGGCCGAAGGGCCUGUACUGUACUGUAGGUUUUCUAUGUUUUCUAAAGGAGAAUGAAUCAGAAUUCUUUACUCUGGACUGUUGUGAGUUUAUUCAAAACAGAGAUUGCUUUAAUAUACAGUAUACUAGAUUUAUCAAUCAAUUAAUAAUACAUGAAAAUGGCACUAAAGUA